GUGACAUUGGAGCUGCUCUUAUCUCAUAGUCGCAUGAGAACCGGCUCACUGUUUAUCUGCCGUUGACUUCUUCCCUGUGAUAGCAAAAUGGACAAGGCACAGACUCCCAAGAUGCCACUUCCAAUACGGGGAGCAGAUAUAAUACCCUCAUCAUCACCAGCCUUUGGUACUCCAGCACGACCAGUCCGCACCGGCAAUAGACCGAACACGGUUCAAGCAAAAUCAUCUGUUCUACCUGUCCUCCUCCCACCAGCGCUUCUCCGACCUCUAGCCUUCCGAACUUUUACAAGGAAACAUGACUUGACGAUUUCUUCAAAUACGCUUCAGACCCUUGCCAUUUUUAUUGGAAAGAAUUGUGGAUCAAGGUGGCGCGAAGAUGGACUUGCGGAACGGUUACUCGACGAAGUAGCCAAAUUAUGGCGCAAGAAUGGUGGCGGAGUGAUUGUAGAAGAAGGAAACGGCGCAUCCAUCAAGGCUAUCCUUCAAAUGGUGGAAGGAAACAUGACCAAUGGCAAGGUUGUACCUGGGAAAUCAGCGGAUCAAGAAGAUCGUCGUGGAAGUCUUACUGGGCCCGCGAGUACCGAUGAAAGAGUAAAUAGCAAUGCGGAAGAAGAAGACGAGAGCCUUUCUACCGAUCCCAGACGUUGGAUGAAAGUCAUCGACGCUUAUGAUCAGCCUCGAUUGACUUAUAACCCGAACAAGAAACACUUUGAGACGUCAAUAAACAAACCGUCAUUCUUUCCGGAUCCUUCUCAUCAGAUUACGUUUUAUAGGGAUAGGCUACUACGUAACGAGUCAUUUCAAGCGUCAUCCCUAUUGAACAACAAUAAACAAACCUAUAAAAUCACGCCAAUCGCGAAUCUAAUAGGAAGAGGCGGGUCGCGACAUAUGUGUUUGGGGCUUCUAUCUGUCUCUCCGGCUGGGGAACUGUCACUCACUGACCUGACAGGGAGUAUCAUGCUGGAUUUAUCGGAAACUGUACCCAUUCCAAGAGGGAAUGGUGCGUGGUUCUGUCCGGGGAUGAUGGUUCUUGUUGAAGGCAUAUACGAAGAAGAGGAGAUAGUGAAAGGUUCCGUAUUGGGUGGUAAUAGUGGGAUUGGAGGUGCAAUAGGAGGAAAACUGAUGGGAAUCACUAUUGCUGGACCACCCUGUGAAAAACGAGAAGUGACUCUCGGUAUGAACAGUAUCGACUCAAAGGGAGAUAUCGGAACUAGCGGUGGAUUCGGCUGGGUUGAUUUUCUCGGCGUUGGAAGUGAACGUGCUCAGGGAGCGCGAAUGAGGAAAAUGGAACAUAAAAGUCUACGCCAGGUAGCAGGAACCGAAGGUCAAAGGAAUGGACGAUGCAAUAUUGUCAUCCUGGGAGAAAUUCAUUUGGAUAAUACGAGGACUCUUGACGCUCUCAAGAGCGUCUUUGGUAUAUACAACGCUUUGCCCUUUGAAGAAUUGCCAUUGGCAUUCGUAAUGAUUGGUAACUUCAUCGGAAAAGUCGGAUUUGGGCAGAGCAAUGGGGGAAACAGUAUUGAGUACAAGGAAUGCUUCGACAGUCUUGCUUCGGUGUUAUCCGACUUCUCAGCACUUUUGAGCCAUACGACUUUCAUAUUUGUCCCUGGUGAUAAUGAUCCUUGGGCUUCCACAUUUACAGUCGGAGCGUCCAGCGCCAUUCCUCGAAAAGGAGUUCCUGAACUGUUCACAUCGAGAGUGAAACGUGCCUUCACUGCAGCAAACAAUGAUGCUGGAAAUUCCGCGUCAAAAUCUACGCCAGGAGAGGCUAUUUGGACAUCAAAUCCCUCACGAAUUUCACUAUUUGGUCCGGUUCACGAAAUUGUCGUCUACCGGGAUGAUAUCUCUGGACGACUAAGGCGUAACAGCAUCCGUUUCUGCAACACCGGGGAUAAUGACUUGCAAGAACCCCAGAUAUCAGACGGUGCUACUCAAGAAAAUGAUGAAAACAUGAUAAUCGACAAUGACGAUAAUGACAACAACAAGGCUCAAAAAAAUAGCCCCAUACCAACAAAACAACCACCUCCAUCAUACCUCGCCGCCCAAAAGCUAUCCAAAACCAUCCUCGACCAAGGCACCCUUUCACCAUUCCCCAUAACCUCCAAACCCGUUCUAUGGGACUAUGCAAGUUCCAUCCAACUCUACCCCUUACCCACAGCCCUGAUCCUGGCCGAUAGCGAAGUAGCAGCUUUCUCGGUGUCGUAUGAAGGAUGCAAUGUUCUUAAUCCGGGGAGAUUUGUGCCGGAGGACUAUAAACGGGAGCCGGUGACGUGGGUUGAGUAUGAUGUUUUGAGGAAGAGGGGGAAGGUUAGGCAGCAGAGGAUCUGA